CUCGUCGAGACGACAAGAAGUAUUCUAUGAUCUUAUCGGAGAAACUCACAACCUUGUCCAGCGCUUUCCUCUUUCUGCCAUUGCACCGGCGCCCUGGCCAAUCACGCACGCCACACAUCUUCCUGCCCACAACCUCCGUGUUCACACCACUUGCACGCAUCCCCUUCUUCCACUGCUCCAGCUGCUUCGUCUUCUGGACGAUUCCAUUCGCAGCGGGCUGAAUACGCUGCUGUUCUUCACGGUAACCGCACGUACAGAUUGACUCGACUUUGGUCCUCCGGACCGCUACCACUCGCUUGCGUGGAGAAAGACGACGUGUGCGACACCAAAUCGAGGAGGUUGCAGCUGCAUCGUUCUCAACCGUCCGGACUGCAGCAACACAACCGAAACCUGUGCGAGGCCCGCUCUAUUGCUCCGAGGGGACAUUGAGGAGCUGCUGUAUACUACUGCUGGGCCAGUAGGAAGUUUGAAGGACACGUACUCACCCACCAACCCACCCACCCGCACACACGCACACACUAUGGCUUCCGAUUACAGGAUAAGCCUAACGGCAUUGCUGCUGCUUGGCCUACGACUCACGAAUGCCUUCUACAUCCCCGGGUGGUCGAUCAAGUCGUAUUCGGAAGGCGAAGCAAUCCCAUUGUUUGUGAACAAAGUGUACAGUGAUAAUACGCAGAUACAAUAUGCCUACUCCGAACUGCCUUUCGUAUGUGCGCCAUCGGGGCGUCCGCGGCCUGGAACAGGCCUCAUUUCAGGCUCGAAUGUGGCAUUGAAUCUGGGAGAGGUAUUGCGCGGCGACAGAAUCAUGGUGUCUGACUACGAGCUGGAAAUGGGCAAGGAUGAAGAGGCGCGGUAUCUGUGCAGUCAGAAGGUGGAUAAGUCGGGUUUGAAGAAGGCCAUUGAAGUGGUGCAGAAGGGCUAUGUCGCAGAAUGGAUCGUGGACAACCUACCCAGCGCAACGAGCUUCGUAAGCGUGGAUAAGAGCAGAAAGUACUAUGCUUCAGGCUUCAAGAUGGGCUACGAAGAGGUCUCUCUCAUGACCGGGCAACCACGAUACUUUUUGAACAACCAUGUCACCCUGGUGAUACGCUGGCAUCGCGCUCCUGGAAGAGAUGGCGAGCAGGGGAAAAAAGUCAUAGUGGGAUUCGAGGUCUAUGCCAAAUCUAUUGAGGCGGAAAAUCGUGAUGCAUCCGGACUUCCCAUGAACCUCCACGACACGGGAGCAGGUAUGGAGUUGACCUGGGGUAAUUCCACUAUCAACGCAACUGCACUGAACGACCCGGCGACAACGUACCAUGGCUUUGACACCAUCGACGACAUGCCAGAUGACGCGUUCGUGACCAUUCCUUACACAUACUCGGUCUAUUUCCGCGAAGAAGACAAGGUGGAAUGGUCGAACAGAUGGGAUCUAUACUUCGUGAAUCAGGAAGACAGCAACGGGAUCCAUUGGCUUGCUAUUAUCAAUUCUUUGAUCAUCUUUGGCGGGCUCUCCAUAUCUGUGGCUUAUAUCAUCACACGUACCAUUCGGGGAGACAUUGCGGGAUAUAAAGAGCUUGGCAUGGAGGAAGGAAAGCUUCGUAUAGGCAAGCGCGGCAAAGGCAGCAGGUCGCCGCGUAAGAUCAGCGCGGAACACGGUGGCCUCCUCGAGAAAGUCGGCAGCCCCACACCCCAGGAUGAUGGUGACUCGGACGACGACGACGUCCUCGACGAUAUUACCGGCUGGAAGCUCGUUCACGCUGAUGUAUUCCGCCAGCCCGCACAUGGCCAGCUACUGGCGCCUUUGAUCGGAUCCGGUAUGCAGCUCGUCUUCAUGUCUGUUGGACUCCUGCUGCUCUCUUGCUUUGGCGUCCUGAAUCCCUCAUUCCGCGGUGGUUUCGUCUCCGUCGGCUUCGCGCUCUUCAUUGUGGCCGGUGUAUUCUCGGGUUACUUCUCGGCACGGGUGUACAAGACGUUUGGCGGCAACAAUUUCCGACACAUUGCCAUCGUUACCGCGACUCUCUUCCCUGGCCUACUGUUCGCUACCACCUUCGUCCUCAACCUCUUCGUCUGGCUACAAGCCUCAUCUACAGCGAUUCCGUUUGGAACUUUGCUAGGUUUGGUGGCUCUCUGGCUUCUCGUACAACUACCUCUGGUCUAUGUGGGCAGCUACUAUGGCUUCGCCAAAGCGGGCGCGUACACACACCCGAUCAAGCCAACCAAAGUCGCACGUCAGAUUCCACAGCAGGCAUGGUACAGCCGCCGGUUGCAGGCUAUCCUGCUCGCCGGCCUCGUUCCCUUUGCCGUCAUCUUCAUCGAACUCAUGUUUGUCUUCCGCAGCCUCUGGCAAGACAAGAGCGGCUACUACUACGUUUUCGGGUACAUGGCGGUGGUGUCAUCGAUCCUCAUUCUUGCUGUCAUGGAGACGACCAUUAUUGCGGUAUACAUACAGCUCUGUUCCGAGAACUACCACUGGUGGUGGCAAUCCUUUUUCGUGGGCGGAUCCUCGUCGAUUUGGAUCUUCCUCUACUGCGUGUACUAUUACGCCAACCACCUUCACAUUACGGGACUGGUCAGCACGAUGCUAUUCUUCAGCUAUAGCUUUCUCGCUUGUGUGGUAUACGGUCUCCUCACGGGCACGAUUGGCUUCCUAACGGCAUACGCAUUUGUUCGUCGGAUCUAUAGCGCCAUCAAGGUGGACUGAGCGCCGACGAUCGACCGACCAGUCGCCUCUCUCUCUCUCUCUUUCUUUUUUUUUCCUAACCGGUACGGAAGCGCUCCCACCGGGACAGGAUAACGUCGAACGAAGAUGCACACGCGGCUCGAGCACCUAAGACCGCUGGGCAUGGGCGAUUCGGAUUUCAUUGCAGUGAUUAGCGGGUUGCAUCUGGAUGCGGUGGCGUUCAUGGUGCUCUUGAUCAAGGGAUGAGGGCUGGGUGUCCCAGGGUUUCUUGGUGGGCUGGAUGGAGCGAAUCCCGCUUGUAGUCGACCUAAUGAUAAUGCGAGAGUGCGUAUUGUACAAUGUGGUCUCGUGAGUUUUGGUCGGACCGACUGGGGAGGAUCUCAAGCUUCUUCCUUUUGCCAGGUUCAGAGCUCUCUAGGCUGCUAGGGUACCCACCUUAAGUAAGCUUUGUGGAGAGAGGUAGAGUUAAAAUGUACCUCUCGCAACCGGCUCAGUCCUCCAUCAUCAUCACGCGGCUCUCCACAUACCAGACGGCGCAGGCGGAUGAGUGUUGAGCACACAAACGAGAAGGAGGAGCGCUGAUCUCAUGUGCAGUCUGCGCUUGGACCUGCGUGGCACUCGAGCUCGGAGACAUUUUCGGCGUCUUUAGAAAGGCAAUUGUGCCGGUUGCUCCUGCUCUCCUCUAUUGACUGCGCUGCUCUACUCCUACCUACCUACCUUACCUAACUAGGUGCCUACAAGACAUCUUAC